AUGGAUCAAACCGUUUCAAGAGAGAAAGACUUAGAAUAUGAUCUUGAAAGUGGUGGGAAUACUAGUGAGAGGAGGGGAAAGCAGGACCUUGAUUGCAGUGAAAAACGAUGGAAGAAUUUAUUUAGUUGGACAUGGAAUAGGCUUCCGAACUUUGAUGGUUCCAAAAAGCAUGAAAGUGGGGUUGAAACAUGUAGCAGUUCGUCAAAAUCAGCUGAUGUUAUGGAUGAUGGUGUACCACUGCCAUUGCUGGAUGCUGCUGAUAAGAAGCUUGUGCAGGACAUUGCCGAGAUUGCCUUGAGGAAGCGUGAAAGGAUUAAGAAAAUGAAGGCUACAAGGAAGAUGAAGGCAAGAAAGGCAUCAUCAUCAUCAUCAUAUGCUGGUCUUUCUGCCAUGGUCAUCACUAUUUUCUUUUUUGCCAUCAUUAUAAUCCAAGGAAUAAGAUCAGGACGUGGCGCUGCUGUUGGAGUAAUGGCUUCACCCGAGCCGAGCAUUGCAGCAGAUGAAGGUUUAAUUUCUGUCCGUUUUUCCAAGAACUUCACCCACGAAGUUGUGCAGGGUACAUGACACCGACACUGUGAAGACGAUUUCCGCUACAUUUAGGCUGCUCCAAGUAGUUUUGGAUCAUUUAUUUUUUCUUGUACAGCCCCUUGGAUGGUCUAAAGUUUGCUAGUAGACUGAGAUGGCUCAGUUAAUACAAGUCAUGCACCGAUUUACUACGUUUCUAUCGAAUUUUAGUGAUGUAGCA